AAUAUUUCAGCUAAGUGUCAGUUUUGACACGCCUUGUACUUCAGGUUUUGUUUUUUUUUUUUUUUUACAAAUACUGUCUUGUUUAUAACGACAAGUUCACGGUAACGAAGAUAUUUGUGUGGAUAAUGUAACAAUGUCAACGGUUCAAAACACCCCCAACUUGCUAAAACUCACAACUUAAUAGUCAGCAGAAUGUUAGACGAAGUUUCACUAGCGUUACCAAUAGCAACCAGACCCAGCUUCUGUUCCUCAUGGCCCAGACGGUCAGCGUUGCCGUGUGAGCUACAUAAUUAAUGAUACCACAGAAACUCAACCUAUCCAAGAAGUUAUAUGACAAGGAAGAAGGGAGGGAACACUGCAGCAGGUUUUAAGAGUAGGAGCGAGUGUUACUCAACCACAGCUAAAGCCACACUGGAGAAGGAGCAGCCCAUGACCACAAAACAAGCCCGAUGGAGGGGCACUCUGACGAUGAGGACGUUCAGGAGGAGGGCAAACCCACUGUGCUGUGGGAGAGGUACAUUCAGCAGAGCAUCUUAGUUGAGCUCAGUGAGGAUGAAAGUAUUCACCUGAGCGAUCUAGAGAGCUCUUUAGCUUUACACGUGUCCCAAGCAGAAUCAGCUGCCUCCGAAGCAAGCAUUCACCUCAGUGGAAGUGCAGAGCUUUCAGCAUUAGAAGAGUCCUCCUCAGAGAGCAGUUUUCACGCCAGUAAUAGUGUAAAUGCUGUCGAAAACAAAAAUAAAAGCAUUACUUUGUAUCUGUCGGCCCAAAGACCCAACACCGCUCGUGAUGAGCCGCCUUCCAAACCGGGGAUUGAAGAUCCAGGACAAGACACCAGUGAUGAGGAUCAUGAAGAUCUGCCUUAUGAUGAGGAUCUCAGAAGCUCGUACUUAAACCAAACAUCUAGUUCUUCUGGAAACUCUGACGGAGGAGAAACUGCUCAUGGAAGCCCAGAUCCUCCUGGACUGCUUGAGAAAGAUAAGAAUACCAACACUAAACCUGCGGAGUCUCUUAACGCUACCAAUCAAAUUGAGGUUGCUCUCCCUACAGACAUUACCCAUGUGUUGCUGCGACACUUCUCUCAGGGGGAGUUGCUCGGACCGGAAAGGCUGAUUGAGGCAGAGACGUUGCCGGAGGUGUCUCUGCUGGAAAGCGUGGACGACUCAGUGUUUAGCGUGGCUGCCACAACCAGCACACCAGGAAGUUACUGCUGUAAAACUGAAAACACUCUAGAAAUGAGUCACAAAGGAUCAAAGAAUGAAAAUUUGGAAGAAAAAACUGAAAAGAAAACUGAUGAUUUUGCUUCAGCUGCAACUGAGGAAAAUGUGUCCAGCUUGGGAAGUGUAAACCAGAACAGAGGGGAUGACUCUGCAAAUGAAACCGAGCAAAACAAGACAAGAGAGGACGAUCGGAAUCAGAGAGUCCCUCUCAUUCGCACUAGAUCCUUCUGUGAGGUGAAGUACGGCCAGGGACAAGUUCAUUACCCUCUCCCAGAUUUCUCCAAGGUGGCCCCGAAAGUAAAAAUCCCUAAAACUCCAAGUUUACCUGUGAGACCAGUUCCCCCAAACCCCAACACCAUCCACAGAGCCCAGUCUUCUCCCGGUAUGUUAGAGGUGAUCAGCAGAGUCCUGGAGGACUCCAUCCCACCAUCAGAGAUGCCCUACAUCUUCGAAGACAGUAAAAACCAGACACCACCAUCAAUGGCGCAUCGCCUGACGACUGAACAUGACAAAUUACUGACCAGAUAUGUAGAUUCAGUGAACCUUAUAGAAGUAAUGGCACCAAAACCAAAUAUUCAUCCACCCUCAGAUGAAGCUAAGAAGCAGCUAAAGUUUGGUGUAGAGAUUCAUCCCAAAUACUUGGCUUCUCCCCUUCCGCUGUCAGAAAACCUUGUUGAGAAAGAGAGUGAAUCGACUCAGCACCCAAUAGUUAGAGAAGCAACCAGAGUUUUAUCAAACCAGCAUCAGGAUAAUCUUAGUGAUGGUGAGAGAUUAACUGCUGAGCUGAGAGAGAUCAUCAUCCAGUUCAUGCAGAAGGUUGAAGAAUUCAAAUGUAAUGUUACUAAUAUGGCUGUAAGCACACCUGAGCAACAAAUGAUGCUGAGGAGCAUGAUGGAGGCGCAGGAUGAGCUCGAAAGGAAAUACAUCAGUAAGAAGGACGAGCACAGAGCUCUGGAGAUGCAGAACUACAUGGGUCUGUCCAGAAACACUGGCACCUUUGACCCCGACAGACUCGUAGAGGGAGACAUAUUCAGGAUAGGGAUGCACCUAGAGGACAUAAAGGAGAUCAUUGACAGAAACGCGUAUGAACAGAUUUCUCCACCCCACUCGUCCUCCACUCCCACGUCGCUGCAUGAGAAGCCCGGUUCACUUUUCUUUCACACAAGUUCGCCUCCACCUGCACCUUCCCUGCAUGAGGGGGGAAUUGCAGGCUUUUUCACUGAGAGUUGCAAAGAGGAUGCGAAGAAAGACCAAAAUAACCAAAGAGAAGUUGAAGACUCCACAGAGGGCCGUGUCGAUGGUGGAUUUAUCCAAAGCUGGGAGAUCAGGACCGCUGACCCUUUAAAGGAAACCACCAAGCAGCCCAUCAGCAUUUCCCACGGCCUGCUGGGCUCGGUAAACGGACUGCACUGUCAGACACCAGAAGAUGAGCAGGCAACAAUUUUAACUCGGGUAUCUCUGCCACUGUGGACACCUCACAGCUCUGACUUGAAUACGAGCAGUGAAUUUGAUCUGGGUGAUUGGGUGAGUCUGGCAGCGGCGCGCUCCUGUUCUUCUCAUCCUCCCAGAGACUCGGACCGCCGCAGCGUCUCACAGCCCCCGGUCAACACCUCCUGUCUGUCACAGCGGAUAUCUAGUCCAGAGACAGACAGUGGAUUUGGAAGCUCCUAUCUGAAUCAGUCAGCCACUGAAGCAUUUCAACCAAACGUCCUGACAGGAAGCAUUCACUCCAAGUGUGACAACCUAAACAACUCAGACAGUGAAGCUUCCUGCUCCGACCUGGAGACGACGAUCCACACAGUCGCCGUGGCUACCAACUCAUCCAUCCAAACGGUGCACUGUGAAGCAGCAGCUGCAGUGGAGUUGUGGGUGAAGAGCACCACCAAGGAGCGGACUGACCACAUACGUCCUGCCCACAUACCUGACCCGACUUUCAGGGCCUCCAUGGACGCUGUAGACAAACACGCCCCUCUGAGCUCCUGUUCUUGCAACAGCGAGGCCAUCCUGGCCUUGCAGACAGAGGUGUCGAAGUUAAAGAAGGACCUGGAGCAGGGGUUGGUGCAGCUGCCCCACUUAGCACAGAGGAUGGACUACCUCACUUCAAAAUACAGACACGAAGAUUCAGAUCGCAAAUCUAACAUCCAAACUCACACACCAGCUUCAAAAAAUUUAGGGAAGUCGAGCAGCAGAGGGAGGGGUAACCUCACGUCCAGUCUGGAGAGAAUAGACGACUGGAUUUCCUCAGACAUGGAACGAAGCAAGAGCAAAGACAGCGGUGGUGGAAGCUGCUCUGAGAUAAUGUCGCAAUUCCCUGAUUCACCUGUGGGAGGAGUUUGUUCCACAUCUGAUAAACUCCAGCACACAACAAGAGGAAUCUCCUGUUUAAGAGCACAGAAUGAGCGCCGUAUGAAGCAAAGGCCACAAGCCAUCAAGAGUUUUACCUCCAAGGAGAGGUGGUCUCCCUCUCUCCAGAAGCCCCUCCUUCAGGUCAACUAUGGCUCCUCCUGCAGCCUGCCAGCCAGCUAUAAAGUGAGAGAGCCGCAGCUGCUGUCCACAUCCUGUCACAGAAAACACUCCACUCAGUCAGACACUGCACUUCUGCCCAGCAAUGUGUAUUUUCAGCAGAUGCUGUCUCCAGUCUCUGUUCCUCCCAGGGCGACCAGCAGACGCAGGGGCAAAAAGGAGGAAGACAUGAACAGGACUCUGGACCAGGCCAUUGAAGUUGCUCGCAUCAUGAAAAGGACCACAGAUCGUAUGGCCAGGAAACUGUCUGCCGACUUAGCCAAGGCACAGCUGCACAAGAAACUUUACAACACGCAACCACUAGGGGGCAGAAAACACCACACUCCCUAAAUGUCAUCACUGAUCUUCCGUAAUACAUUGUAUGGGGAUUCUUAAGUGCCACAAUUCAGUAAAUAAAUGAGACAUUAAA